UCUACGCGCCACCAUCCCCACAGAAGAAAACAAGCUUCCGUUACUUGCCAUGUUUUACUGUUCAGCUUCCUCUCCAAACUCCAAACUCCUAAUUCCUUUCCUUCUGUGUACUACUCUUCAUUUUCCUUCUCAUCUAACCUUCUUCACCGUGUUGUUCUCUUAAUCCAUUCUCUCCGGUUCGAUAGACGGUUGUUUUUGCACUGAACUGCAGAAACUCGCCUUGCCGCCAUGGAGAACACUGCCACGGACGGUGAGCAGUUCACUUGGCUUCACGGUGACCUAGACUUGCACAUAAAAGAAGCACGAUGGUUACCGAACAUGGAUGUAGUUACACAGCAUCUUCGCCGCUGCUGCGCUGUCUGUGAAAACUGUGCUGCUCCGAGCUCGAGAUCUGACGCGGGUGACGAAGGCGGAGGAGAGAGAGACCGGAGAGUGAAGAACCACAGGAAGACUAUCAUCACCAGUGAUCCAUACGUCACCGUCUGCGUUCCUCAGGCUACUUUGGCUCGUACUCGUGUAAUUAAGAACGCGCGGUGCCCUAGGUGGGAUGAAUACUUCAAAAUUCCUUUGGCUCACCCUGUGGUUAACCUCGAGUUCCAUGUCAAGGACAACGACUUGUUCGGCGCCGAAUUAAUUGGAAUGGUUAAAAUAUCAGCACAAAAGAUCGCCACCGGUGAGGCCAUCGACGGAUGGUUCUCAAUUAUUGGUCCUUCUGGCAAGCCGCCAAAGCCGGACUCGGCGCUCCAUAUCCAGAUGAAGUUUAUCUCGUGCGAGAAGAAUCCCCUGUAUCGCCACGGCAUUGCCGGAGAUCCUGCCCACCAAGGUGUGAGAAACACUUACUUCCCGCUGAGGAAAGGGAGCAGCGUUAUACUCUACCAAGACGCACAUGUGCCCGACGGCAUGCUUCCUGAGAUUGAAUUGGAUGGUGGAAAGUUUUAUAAGCAAGAGAAGUGUUGGGAAGACAUUUGUUAUGCCAUAUCGGAGGCUCAUCAUAUGGUGUAUAUUGUGGGCUGGUCAGUUUUCUACAAGAUAAAGUUGGUCAGAGAGCCAACCCGGCCAUUGCCACGAGGUGGGGAUUUGACGCUUGGUGAGUUGUUGAAAUACAAAAGUCAAGAAGGGGUGAGGGUUCUGCUGUUGAUUUGGGAUGAUAAGACCUCCCACGACAAGUUUGGCAUUAAAACGGGAGGACUAAUGCAGACUCAUGAUGAAGAAACACGGAAAUUUUUCAAGCAUUCAUCUGUUACUUGCGUGCUGGCACCUCGAUAUGCCAGUAGUAAGCUUGGCUACUUGAAGCAGAAGGUCGUUGGCUCCAUGUUUACACACCACCAAAAAUGUGUACUUGUGGACACACAAGCAUAUGGUAAUAAUAGAAAGAUAACUGCUUUCUUAGGAGGUCUUGAUCUUUGUGAUGGUCGAUAUGAUACACCUGAGCAUAGACUAUUCCGUGACCUUGACACUGUAUUUAAGGAUGACUUCCACCAACCCACAUUUCCUGCUGGAACAAAAGCACCGCGUCAACCAUGGCAUGACUUGCACAGCAGAAUUGAUGGACCUGCUGCAUAUGAUGUUCUCAUGAACUUUGAACAGCGUUGGAAGAAAGCAACAAAGUGGACUGAGCUUGGACUACGAUUCAAAAGCGUAUCUCACUGGCAUGAUGAUGCUUUGAUAAAGAUUGAACGCAUCUCAUGGAUUUUGAGUCCUGCUUCGACGGUGAAGGAUGGUGUUACAAUAGUUCCAGAGGAUGAUCCCAAAUUGUGGGUUUCUAGUGAAGAGAAUCCAGAAAAUUGGCAUGUUCAGAUUUUUCGAUCUAUUGACUCGGGAUCAUUGAAAGGAUUUCCAAAAAAUGUUGAUGCGGCCAGGGCCCAGAACCUUAUCUGUUCAAAAAGUCUUGUUAUAGAUAAAAGCAUUCAAACGGCAUACAUCCAGGCGAUCAGAUCUGCCCAGCAUUUCAUAUAUAUUGAGAAUCAGUAUUUUCUUGGAUCAUCAUAUGCAUGGCCAUCGUACAAAAAUGCAGGAGCUGAUAAUCUAAUUCCUAUGGAGUUGGCAUUGAAGAUUGCAAGCAAAAUCAGAGCUAAUGAGAGAUUUGCAGUGUAUGUUAUUGUGCCUAUGUGGCCUGAGGGCGACCCAAAAUCCAACACAAUGCAGGAAAUUCUCUAUUGGCAGUCUCAGACAAUGCAAAUGAUGUAUGAUGUUGUGGCAUGGGAACUGAAAUCCAUGCAACUUUUGGAUUCACAUCCUCAAGAUUACCUUAAUUUCUAUUGCGUUGGUAAACGGGAAGAAAUUCCCAAAGAAAUGUCAGCAAACAAUGGGGAGAAGGUCUCUGAUUCUUUCAAAAACCAACGAUUCAUGAUUUAUGUUCAUGCCAAGGGAAUGGUAGUUGACGAUGAAUAUGUAAUUGUUGGAUCUGCCAAUAUUAAUCAAAGAUCCAUGGCUGGUACAAAAGACACAGAGAUAGCUAUGGGUUCAUAUCAACCCCAUCACACAUGGUCUGAGAGGAAGAAACAUCCACGUGGUCAGAUCUAUGGGUUUAGGAUGUCACUUUGGUCAGAGCAACUUGGUUCAGUAGAUGAAUGCUUCAUAGAGCCAGAGAGUUUGAAAUGCGUGAAGACAGUAAACGAGAUUGCUGAAGAAAACUGGAAGAGUUAUGCAGAUCCGAAUUUCAGACUAUUGCAGGGACACCUUCUUAAGUAUCCUAUACAGGUCGAUGCCGAUGGGAAGGUUGGCCCCUUGCCUGGAUAUGAGGAAUUCCCAGAUACUGGGGGUAAAGUUCUUGGAGCUCAUUACAUGGCAAUUCCUGAUGUCUUGACUACGUAAGAUUUCAUUUCGACUAUCAUUUCAUAUGAAGUAAAUAAGAAGGAAAGCAAGAUGUUUAUGAGCCCGUUAGAGUAUCAGAUUAUGCUUUCUAUUUUCCUUCUCAAUUCGUUGAUUGAAUGGGUCUUUGUAAAUAUGUGUUGUAUUGUAUGCGCGAGUGUGCAAGCAAUGUGAAAAAUAAGAAGGCUGGAUGUGAAUAUUUGCUGAUAUGAAUGUUUCAUCUUUUGGUCAAUAAAUUUGGUCCCGUGUGGUCUCCCUGCAA